AUGUCUUCAACCACACCUGUCUACGCCUGCAAGGCCGACUUCAUCGCUGCGGGUAUGUCUCCCUACCUUCUGCCCGCCAGCGAAGCAGACACGUGCAGCAUCUGCACCAAAGACUUGGCCUGCGAGAACCCCUCCGCCACCAAGCUCACCGCCGCCGACAAGGAAGUCCUUGAACUGGCCUUACAACACCCAGCCAACACAAUUGUCUUCAAGUCAAGUUGGCUCAAAUCCACAAAACCUCUUCACAGCCACUACACCAAUGAAGAGCAACCAGUGUCAAAGCUAAACGCCUGCGGCCACGUUUUCGGCACCAACUGCAUCAUGACUUGGUUUGAGAGGAAAGUACUGUUCCCAACAUGGGCACAGGAAGAGAUGGAGAGGGAGAGGGAGGAGAGGGAGGAGGAGGCGAGCAGGGAGUAUUGGGGGUGGAUAGAACCUCCUUUCUGA